AUGACAAAACCCAGUCUCCUCGAGCUCCCACCGGGAGUUCAGCUCAUCUACCUGGCCGAGGCGGAGCAAAUAGGCAAAUUACUUCGCCUACGCAAACAGACUGCAUCCGACGUCUGCUACAAAGAAAUCGCCGCAAACUUCAAUGCCAAAAUCCGCCCACUUUUCCAGACCGACGAAUUAGUCGACCAAACACUGAUUCGACUCCCGGAUGACCUCAUCCCCCACUGUAAUCAAUUACUCCGCGCCGAGGAACGAAAUGGCUCCAGGCCUGCUAAACGCCAUGGCGGGUACCUAGCCUUGAAUGAACCAUUCGGUCUACUUAUUACCGAUAUGACAGUCUUCAAUGAUGCCGACCCGGGCGCGACACUGGCCGAGUUCAAGCCGAAAUGGCUACUUCAGUCCCCGUCUGCACCAGUCGGCGCUGAACGGUGUCGAACGUGUGCGCUUCGGGAAAUGAAGAAUCGGGACGCGAGGGGGUCUAGACAGAAGGCUUUUCGGGAGGUUGGAUUGUUCGGGCCUGAGGAAGGAUCGAGGGAGAACUCGUUGGAUAUGACUCUUCGUGAUUGUACGAUGUUUAUCAAGAUCCCCCGCAACGAAUCAUUACCCGUGGAAAUCCGUCUCGGCGACCUCGACUUGAAAACAGGAGCUGGAGGCAAAGCACAGUACUGGCGAGAUCUGGAGCACCAAUUAAUUGAUGAAGGCUGGUACUGUACUUCCGGUUCGGACAGCAGCCGGAAACAUAGCGAGUGUGCACUGCGGUCUUCCCGUGAUGGAUUUAAUGGCAAUGGCGUUUAUUCGACAUGA